UUAUAAUGUUAAUAUAAUAUGUAUUUUGCUACCCUGAUUACCUCGAGUUCGGUUUUGAUUAAAAAAAAUGACGUGAGAUAACAGAUGAUGUCAGAUUUGUUGUAAGAGUCCAGCCGAGGAACAUGCUAUUUUAUUGAUUAACACUGAACCAGUGAUACUGGCGACCAGCAUUGCGGUACUCAACAUGACCGACAACGCUUUAAGAAGUCAUUACAAGCGUGUGCGGAAGAAUUGAUUACUCAAAACAUAAAUUAAUAGCAUACGAUUGCGUGUUAAGUUGUAAAUUUAGCAAAAAAUCGUUUGAAUUAAAAAGCAACAACAAUAACAACAAUCAGCAAAAUCGGAACACGGAAAGUCGGGGAUACUUAUAUUCUUAAAUUGUGACAUCACGGUUAUGUAGACGCCGAAAUCAGCAAUUAUCGUGUAUUCUCGCCAUGUUAUGAGACUUGUGUACGAGAGUCUGGUGCUGGAUCGGAAGUCAGAUGGGCAACAUCUGGGCACGUGUGUUCCGGCACAGGGAGGUGCGUGUCCUUAUGUUGGGCCUUGACGGGGCAGGAAAGACAACUCUGUUGUAUCGCCUGAAGCUUGGAGAAGUUAUCACCCAUGUUCCAACUAUUGGGUUCAACGUGGAGCAGUUGCAGUACCGGAACAUCACGUUCACAGCCUGGGACAUUGGUGCCAGGGAUAAGAUGCGGCCUCUUUUCCGUCACUACUACAAGGGCACUGACGCUGUAGUGAUAGUGAUAGACGCUGCCGACAAAGAACGCGUUGAGGAACUAUUUUGUGAUGUCCUCAAACCCGCACUACAUGCGGAGGAACUUGCUCACAGCGUAUUUCUAUUUUUAGUGAACAAGCGGGAUCUCCCAGACACAAUGACGUCAGAGGAAGUGGCAUCAAGAUUGAGUUUGAAAUUCAUGAAACACAAAUGGCAUAUCCUCGAGACGAGCGCCUUGCGCGGUGACGGGCUCACUGAGAGCAUGGAGUGGCUGGCGGCCGAGUUGGGACCCACUUCCGGUCAUCCGCACCGGAAGCACUCCAUAAAAAACUCGCCGCAACAAACCGCGCACACAAAUGACGCUAAACAUUGUGUAACGAAUGAUGUCAGUUACUGUGAUAGAAAUAACCCACCGCCGACACGCUCAACUUACGGACAGGUCCUUUCUAACAGAAAACAUACCGCCAAAUGCUCACCGGUGCACAAUACGAGUGACACAAAUGGUGACGUCAGAAAUGACGUCAUGUCGUGUUCUGUGGUUUCCAAGGAGAUCUCCCCGACACGUGACUACUGCAACCGAGCCUACUCUGCCUUCCGGUGUUUCUUCAUCCGUCCCAGCGUUCCCCCGGAAGUCGACGAUGACGACAGUGAUUGAUUGCUGGUAAUUUGAAUAGACUUAGGGUGACUGAUAUAUUUCGUGUCAAUGUUAUUUAUUUAAGUUGAUAUUUGUUCGGUUUAGGUGAUUAAGAUUGAUUGGUUGUGUGUUUUUAAUGAUUGAUGGUUCUUUAGAAAUUUAUUGAGAUUUAGUAAUAUUUUGUUGUAUUUGACAUAUCAUAUUACGUUUGUUAAACAAAAAUCGACGUUGUCGGUGAUCUUAACCUAUGUAUUAAUCGUUAAGACAGUUGGAACAUUUUUAUUUAGUAUUAUUGAUAUUGUUUAAAUCUAAAAGUAAUAUAAAGAUAGUAAAUGCUAUUUUCCGCCUGAAAUGUGAAAUGAAAAUACAACAACAAUAUGAUGUGUCAUUGCUAUUUCAGUAAACUAAUACAUGAAUAAUACAUGAUUGCCAGAAUGAAUGCAAAUAAUAUCAACCCGAGAAAAUUAAUAUCCACAGGGGCGAUAUUAACGAUACUUUUCUUUUUUUUUGUAUUAUUUGCUGUUGCCUUUGCUACUUUUUGUUAUUUGUUGUAUUUUACCGACCAAACAUAUUUUAAA